AAAUACGAUGUUUUUACAACCCUACUGUGUUGUGGUGUUCCAAUUUUUACGUAAUUAUUGUAUAGCAGCUAAAAGGACAGAAUAGCUUAAAAAUGUCGGGACUAAGCCAUAUUAUGCGGCAGCGGCCGUUCGCGCUGCAAAUGUCUGCCAGCAAGGUUGCUAACGUAUUGGUAGCACGUUGGGCAUCAAGCCAAGACAUUGCUCCCAUGGAUCUGAAAUCAAUUCUAGCUCGUCCUGAGGAGGUGGAACAACGUAACAAACUGAGUGGUAAAAUUACCGUACCGAAAGCGGUCAAUCUUAGUCCAAUAUCGGGUGUGCCCUCAGAUCAUAUACGAGAGCGCCGAGUACGCAUACACAUACCGCCAAAAAAUGCCAUGCAAAGUGGAACCGACAACUUGCAAACAUGGCAAAUAGAAUUUGAUAAUCGUGAGCGUUGGGAAAAUCCACUUAUGGGUUGGACCUCAACUGGUGACCCAUUGUCCAACAUGAAUGUGCAAUUUGGCUCUAAAGACGAAGCAAUUACUUAUUGUGAACGCAACGGAUGGCGUUGGUAUGUGGACAGUGAGCAGACUAAAAAAGAACGUGUCAAGAAUUACGGUGUUAACUUCUCAUGGAACAAACGCACGCGCGUCUCUACCAAGUAGAUGAACAGUAAUCUGUUGUAAUGCGUUAUAUUUAAAUAAAAAUGUUUUUUUUUCGUCAGUAAAACA